AUGGCUGAGGAUUUCAAUAUAAACCAAGAGGAGAGUGGAUAUAAAUCAAUGAAGAGGGAUGCAGAGUUUGUGGACAUAUAUUCUAUUUAUUGGUUAAUUGUUUGCUUUUAUAAAUCAUUAAUGGAGGAACCAUAUCGUGUAAGACUUCUCAAGGCGCCCUGUGAGAGUUCAGAAGAAGUGAGCAGGUGGCUGUGCAGACGUAUGAAUCUGCCCUGUGGGAAGGGUCCAAAGGGAAGGUAUGACUUUGAAAGCAUGGUUGAGACAGACAGACGUGCGUUCUCCAAAUUCAAUCGUGGAGCCCUGCCGCCUGAUGAAAGAGCUCCUCUGGCACCGCUGCGUGGGGAUGCGUCUCUAAUAGAUCCGUGCUCCGGUCAACUGAGUGUAGGGUCACAGGUGCACCUGGAGGCAAAGAGCAGAACCCCAUUCAUCAAUACGGUUUACACUGUGUCCAAUCUGUGGGUUCCGGCAGGAGUGCGAGACAGGCCUCAGACUCCUCCAACCAGACCUUCGGCUCUGAUAUAUGACAUGUCUGAGCACAGGAGGUGGAACUCCAGGAUGCAAUCAGAGGCAGCACUGAAGGCAAACCUCAGUGGUUGGACAAGUGCACAAAGUAUUAAACACCCCUCUCAGGACAACCAUGAAAUGAAUGCGGGUGCAGAACCAUCUGUUCUUUCUGAUAGCGCAGCAACAGCAGCUCGACAAUACAUCUACACCUCUGCAGCCCAAAGAGCUUAUGAAGAUGUAGACUGGGACUCAAAGUUACCUCCUCGCCACAAACCACCCACAACUACUCUGGAGAAAAUGUCUGACCCUGUGAGUCAGCGUUUUGUGUUGAAGCGAUACCACAGCAGACCUGAGCUAUGGCAGGCCAUUGGAUCCCAUUGGAACAAACAUCAGUUGUGUGCCACAUUUAAUGCAAGAAAACCCAUCAGCUUCACCAGUCCAUGUCCAAAAUCAGGCCAUAUACCUUUAUACUGUGGUACGGUGGGCUCUAAACACAUGGAUAGUGUGGACGUCCCAGGAGAGGAAUUCAUCCCUCUGACUGUUCUACGGACCACAAUACCUCCACCCACCCCUGCCAGCUACCGAACUACUAUACCUGGUUACACUGGAAAAGCCCGGUUUGACAGACCACAGACCUCAGGUGUCAGUCUGCCCUCUUUAACAGAUGCUCCACAAACAGCAGGAAACCAUCCUGGUACCCAGAGCACCCCAGACUACGGACACAAGGCUCCUCUAUCAGGAAUGAUCACUACUGUCCCACCGGGAAACCCUUACCUUCAUCCCAAAGCCCCGGUACUUUCCAUGAAAUAA